AUCUGUGGAUCUGUAUCAUCGGUGUUCCGUGUUCUAAUUUUAUGUAUCGCGCUGACUUUUUUAACUUCUUAAUUUUAAUGCUUCUCAAAAUUUUUUCAAAUUUUAACUACUAUAUGAAUUAUAAAUUGUGUGACUUAAAAAUAUUGAAAGAGGUUUAGCUUACGAGCGUGUGGAGCGUUGCGGCUAAACGAAUGUCGGCUGGCUCAUCAGCACGCUGCUAAAUGACGAAACAGUGGACGUAACUGAAAGAAGAAAUAUGGGAGACUCGAUAGCGGGAGAGUCGGGGGUGAUAACUGCCCAGGACAAGGCGACGGGGGGCACACUAACGAACGGUCCGAACAACACGAACGCCGCCGCGAGAACGACCAACAACAAGCCGAGCUCGCCCAGCAAGGACCGCAAUGGGAACCCCUUGGACGGCGCCAGCUCGCUGGACAGCGAAAGUCCAUCGAAGAAACACAACAUGUCGGACUCUGAGAAAAACGCUUCCCUGCUUGGUGCUACCAACGGAGAAGGGGACCACUCCAAAGCCUCGCCCGAGCACUUCUCAACGGCAGAUGAGGGCGAGGGUGGAGACGACGGAGGCGACGACGAAUCGGACGAGGACAGCUUUCUUUCUAGGGAGACAGCGGAGGACGGCCAGUCGGACUUGGAAUCCGAGGACCCCGACGAAAUGCUGGGGUUGAGUGACGGCGAUGGGGAGGUUCCGAGGAUGCCGCACAUGACGAUCCAACGAAACCGCAAGGCGAACCCGGAGCUGCCAGAGACGGUCACCGUCCUCAAAACCGACGAAGGCUGCGUGGUGUACCUCGUGGGCACGGCUCAUUUCAGCCUGGAGAGCCAGGAAGAUGUCGCCAAAACAAUCCAAGAAACACAGCCUGAUGUGGUGUUGAUAGAGUUAUGCAAGAGCCGGGUGAACAUCCUUUCUUUCGAUGAGGAACUGAUCCUGAAGGAGUCUCAGAGCAUGAACAUGGAAAAGAUGAUGAGCACCAUCAAGCAGAAUGGCCUCGUCCAAGGAAUCAUGUACAUCCUGCUGCUGAGCAUGUCUGCACACCUGACUCGACAGCUGGGCAUGGCACCAGGUGGAGAGUUCCGCAGAGCAGUUCAAGAGGCAGAGAAAGUGAAGGGCUGCCUGAUUCAUCUGGGAGACCGUCCACUUCAGAUCACGCUGCAAAGGGCUUUGGCUGCUCUCAGCGUCUGGCAGAAGCUGCGCCUGGCAUGGCACAUGAUCACGGCUAAAGAGCCUAUUAGCAAGGAGGAAGUGGAGCGCUGCAAGAAGCAGGACCUGCUGGAGGAGAUGCUUGCCGAGAUGACAGGCGAGUUCCCCGCCCUGAGCAAGGUAUUCGUCAAGGAGAGGGACGUCUUCCUGGCCUACUCGCUCCGGCUGGCCGCCAGCCCCAUGCCUUCCAUGACUACGCCCUCUGGGGAGCAGCCAACGGUCGUGGUGGGCGUCGUAGGCAUCGGGCACGUGCCCGGCAUCGUUGAGAAUUGGGAGACGGUCACCGAUUCGGACAUCCCGCCAAUCAUGAGAAUCCCAGGGCCAUCGCUAUCUUCGAAGGUACUCAAGCACACCAUCAAGGUGUCCCUGCUGUCCCUAGCCGUCUGGGGAUGCUGGAAGUUGCUGCCCUCAACCGUGACUCACAAACCCAUCGAAUGGGUCUCGGCACUCUAUCGACAUUAGGUCUGCUCCCAAAAGGACCCCAGCCUCAUAUUUUCUUUCCACGUCCGAAGACGGGAAGAAUUUACGUGACCUCCAACAGGAGGCAGGUUUCUCUCACGACAAGCGUGUUUACGCAGGUGGCGCAGCGAGCGUUACUUAGCUGUGGCUUUAUAAGAUGGCCUCAAAGCCUCCCCAUUUCUGCAAGUUGGUGCCCAAUUCUGCUGACGAGGCCGAAGAUUGAUGCUUAUGAUUGAGGGCUUCUCAGCCAAUCACGAUUGUUAUUAUCGUUGUACGAAUUGACUUUUUUCUUCCUAGUCGUUGAUCCUGCCUGGACCUCCUGUUGUGAUAGGUGUUGAGACGAUUGAACCUCUCCGUCCCUGUCUUGGUUGGUGUGUUUCUUCUCAUCAUUCUUUUUUUUCUGGUUAAGUUUUUUAUGUGCGAUGUCCUCAAUAUUUAGGCAGAUCACCUUUCUGUUAUGCACAUUUUUGUUUUUUCGAUCAUUUUGAACAGACGCUUUCUGCUUGUAGAUUUAGAACCGAAAUUGUGAUUCCCGGCGUGUGCCCAUUUCAAAUUCCAUUUCAGCAUUAUUGGUUCUCGAUGCAUCCUCAUUGUUUGGGGGAGGGCAUGUUUUAGGAAUAUUUCAAUUCCUGAUGUAAAAUAUUAAUUAAAAAAAUUAAAAGCCAGAAAUAAAAUAAUCAAGUGUGUAUUUA